AUGCAGAGGUGGAUAUGUCAAAAAGGUGAACCAGGAAUACCAGGAUCAAUACAUUCGAAGCAAACAUUACGUCGUCAAUUACGAUCAUUUGGUUUUUUAUAUACACCUAGUGGACAUGCGAUACAACUUCGCGGUAUAUCGGGACCACCUGGGCCACCUGGACCAAAAGGUACACGUGGAUAUCCUGGUUUUCCGGGACCAAUUGGCUUGGAUGGACCAAAAGGUGUUGCAGGCAUGCCAGGACCAAAAGGCGAACGAGGUGAACGUGGUCCAAUGGGACCACCAGGAUAUCCUGGUGCUAAAGGAGAACGUGGUUAUUCGGCUGCUCUCAGCAAAAUACAGGUUGCGAAUGCUGAUUCUGUAACGCCAGUGCUUAUUCAGGGUCCACCUGGUCCACCGGGAAAUCCUGGUCCACCUGGUGAUGUUGGUAAGCCUGGUCCAUCAGGACCAAAAGGUGAUAGAGGAUUACCCGGUUUUGAUGGUGAAUCACGAGUUGGCAUGAAAGGUGAACCUGGUAUGCCUGGUAUUCAAGGCAAAACUGGUCCAGUAGGACCACCGGGGCCACCUGGAUUAAAGGGAGAGCCUGGAUCACCGGGACAACGUGGAUUACCAGGUCUUACGUCAAAACAUGUAGAGAAAAAUCCGGAACCAAUAAUUGGUCCACCGGGUAAACCUGGGGCACCUGGAAUACGUGGGCUACCAGGUAUACCUGGUUCUCCAGGUGUUCCAGGAGCUAAAGGUGAUUCAGGACUUCCGGGCAAAGAUGGUGUUGAAGGAAAAAUAGGAAGAAUGGGCAAUCCAGGUCAACAAGGAGUACCGGGAGAAAAAGGUGAAAGAGGUGAAAAGGGAGAAAGUGGUAUACAAGGAUUACCUGGUCCGCCUGGUGUUGUUACAGCAACAUCAGCAAGGACAACACAGGUUAUUGCUGGACCACCGGGACCACCAGGACGAGAUGGACGAAAGGGGGAAAAAGGCGAAAAGGGUGACAUGGGUAGCAGAGGCCCAAUAGGUCCACCCGGACAAUCGGGUGCAAAAGGUGAAAUUGGUAAACGUGGCAAAAAAGGUAGAGAUGGUUUAAAUGUGAGUGAGGAAAAACUAAUUGAAAAAUUAUUACCAAUGUUGCAACAAUAUGCACGAGUAGAUGGUUUACCAGGGCCACCAGGUCCAAUUGGACCACAAGGUCCAAAAGGUAAUGAAGGACCACAUGGUGAACGUGGACCUCAAGGUUUACCGGGUCAUGCUGGUUCAAAAGGUGAACGUGGUGAAAUUGGACCACCUGGUUUAAUUGGUCCACCAGGAUUACCAGGACAUUUAAGCACUGUAAUUGAAGCGACUGCUUCAUCAUCAUCACUUGGAAUUCCAGGACCACCCGGGCCUCGGGGUAGUCCCGGCUUACCUGGGCCACCGGGUAUGAAAGGUGAAAAAGGUGAACGGGGAUUAGCAGGUGUUCCUGGAUCACUUGGUUUGCCCGGACCACCCGGACCGAUGGGAAUAAGAGGACCACCUGGAAUGGAAGGCAAGCAGGGUAAACCUGGAUCAGUGGGACCAACAGGUUUGAAAGGCGAUAUUGGAUUACCUGGUGCACGUGGUCCAGUUGGUGAUCGCGGACCACCUGGAUUACAAGGUGAAAAAGGUGAACAGGGUAUUCCUGGUUUGGAUGCACCAUGUCCAACAGGACCAGAUGGAUUACCAAUGCCAUAUUGUGCAUGGAAACCACUUGAUGUUAGUUUCAUGUUAUUCAUUUGUUGA